UAGUACAAACGUCAAAACGAUUCCUUCAGAUAGUAGGAUUUGUUGUGUUCAGAUUUUGAUAUCAUAUUGUAAUUUGUCUUCGACAUUUUUUUGCAAUCCACUCAAAUUGUUUCGCAAAAUUAUUCUUCAGUAUGAAGCUCACGAUUAAAAUACUCAAAGGAGACGAAUAUAACGUUGAGACCUCGGAAGAAUCAACCAUCCUGGACAUCAAACAAGACCUGGAGCGUAAAAGCAUGAUACCGGUGGAACACCAAAAGCUACUGCUAGUGGGUAAAACGUUGUCGGACGAGAAAACUGUCGCCUCCUAUGGAACCAUCAAGGACGGAACCAAGCUAACGUUGGUCGUCAAAAAGCCAGAUCCCCUGCGGGAAGUUAUCCUGCGGCAGUUCAAGAAAUAUCUUCAGGAAGAGCAAUCGCAGCGAUUAACGAACGAAUUCAUGAAGGAUUUCGAUAGCAAAAUACAGCAACUUAGUUUAGAUGAUUUGGAGAAAAUAGCAAGCGAUAUAUUGGCGAAAAAGGGCCAGAAUGUGUGAUCGGGGUUAGAUAUGACAAAAUAAAUUAUUACUAGGGAA